AUGUCUGCGCUCGCUAAACAGAUGCCAACAUGGGCCGUCGAGCUCAAGAAUCCCCCGGCGCACCAGUCGAAGCAAGCUGGACUGCCUGACCCCCCGGGCUUCCCUUCGUCGCAGUCGGCUGCGACGUCCAAGUCGCGGUCGCAGAAGAAGGAUGCAAAAGACAGCAAAGUUGCGCAGCGCAAACCGCCGACGCCGGAAGAAAUGGACACGCUGAAGCUCAAGAAGGCAUGGGAGGUGGCUUUGGCUCCCAUCAAGAGCUUGCCCAUGACGGCCAUCAUGAUGUACAUGUCGGGCAACUCGUUACAGAUAUUCAGCAUCAUGAUGGUCUUCAUGGCCUUCAAGAACCCUAUCAUGGGCAUCCUGACCACCAACCAGGCGUUUGAGCGCUUCGAGACCGAGUCCAACAAGGCUCGCAUCCUCCAGGUCAAGCUGGCAUACGUAGCUAUGCAACUGGUUGCUCUGGCGCUCGGAGUAUGGAAGGUGAACUCGAUGGGGUUAUUACCGACAACAAGAUCGGAUUGGCUUGCUUGGGAGACGCAACGCGAACCUGUCGAACGUGCUGUCCAUGCAUUAUAG